CCAGAGCCUGAGGGAGUCCUGGCUGCCAGGGGCUGCAGACAUGGAGGACCACAGCAGCAGUGGCAGCGGGAGGCCAGGAACCCUGGCUGGCCUGGGGCCCCUGGCCAUGCCCCACGGGGUUUUCCAAACUGGAGCACCCUCCAAGGUGGACUCAAGUUUUCAGCUCCCAGCCAAGGAGAAUGCAGCCCCGGUACCCUUGGAACCAAGGCUGGCUCUGGCACCUACUGGGCCACAUGCUGCUAUGCUACCUUCCUCAGAGGGGCCAAGACAGGCUCUGGCAUCUCCUCGACCCCUCCUGGCGUCACUGUCUACCCCUGGAGGGCAGAAAACAGCUCCUGCCUGUCACAGCCCCAGCCUGGCUCCAAUGUCUAUGGGCCAGUUGGUGAUGUCUGCCUCUGCUGGGCCGAAGCCUCUUCCAGCAACAUCAGGCUCAGCCCUGGCUCCAACAUCCCUGGGGCAGCUGGUGAUGUCUGCCUCAGCCAUGCCGAGGCUGCCACCAGCCACCCUGGGGCCCAGGCUUGCUCCAAUCACUAGGGACCAGAAGCAGGUAUCACCUGCAUUUGUGAAACCCAAGCCAGCACUGGCCACUUCAGGCCUGAGCCUGGCCCUGGCAUCUGAGGAGCAGCACCCACAGCCCUCCUCCAACUCUUCUCCAAUGCCCAGUCCAAUUCUAUCGCCCUCUCAGGAACAGACCCUGGCUCCAGCAUCCAUGACAUCAGCCCCGGCCUCUGUGGGACGGACACCAGCUAAACAGAGGGAUGCCCCAGCCCCUAGACCUCUCCCCCUUUCUGAAGGGCAUCUCCAGCCUCCAGCUCAGGCUUCCAGUCCUGGGGAGAUUGUAUCUUUGAUCCAAUCUCCCCCAGACCCCUGGAUCUCCCCCUCCUUUAGAGCCAGACCCGAGGCCCCCCACAGCAGCCCUGAGGAUCCUGUCCUGCACCGGCCACCUCAGACACUUCCCCUGGAUGUAGGCCAGGGCCCUCCGGAGCCUGGCACCCGCUCCCCAGGACUUCUGUCUCCCACCUUCCGACCAGGAAACCCCUCAACCCAGACUGUUCCCCCACCUCUGCCCAAGCCACCCCGAUCUCCCAGCCGCUCCCCUAGCCGCUCUCCCAACCGCUCCCCCUGUGUCCCCCCAGCCCCUGAGAUAGCCCUCUCCAGGUCUGGCACCCAGGGUGCAGGGCCUGGUGGGCAUCUGAGCCCCAGCCUUCAGCCCCGAGAAAUUUCAGCCCCAGUCACCACCUCCUCUUCUACAUCCACCUCAUCACCAUCCUCCUCUUGGUCAGCUCAGCCUACCUGCAAGAGCGACCCUGGCUUCUGGAUCACCGUGGUCACGUGGAAUGUGGGCACUGCCAUGCCCCCUGAUGACGUCACAUCCCUCCUUCACCUGGGCGGUGGCUGCGAUGACAGUGACCAGACAGACAUGAUUGCCAUAGGGUUGCAGGAAGUGAACUCCAUGAUCAACAAGAGGCUCAAGGACGCGCUCUUCACAGAUCAGUGGAGCGAGCUUUUCAUGGAAGCACUCGCGCCUUUCAACUUCGUGCUGGUGAGUACUGUGCGGAUGCAGGGCGUCAUUCUGCUGCUGUUCGCCAAGUACUACCACCUGCCCUUCCUGAGGGACGUGCAGACGGAUUGUACGCGCACUGGCCUGGGUGGCUAUUGGGGCAACAAGGGUGGAGUGAGCGUGCGACUGGCCGCCUUCGGGCACAUGCUCUGCUUCCUGAACUGCCACCUGCCAGCACACAUGGACAAGGCAGAGCAGCGCAAAGACAACUUCCAGACCAUCCUCAGCCUCCAGCAGUUCCAGGGGCCGGGGGCACAAGGCAUCCUGGAUCACGACCUCGUAUUCUGGUUUGGGGACCUAAACUUCCGCAUCGAGAGCUAUGACCUGCACUUUGUCAAGUUUGCCAUUGACAACAACCAGCUCCACCAGCUCUGGGAGAAGGACCAGCUCAACAUGGCCAAGAACACCUGGCCCAUCCUCAAGGGCUUCCAGGAGGGGCCCCUCAAAUUUGCACCCACCUUCAAGUUUGAUGUGGGUACUAACAAAUAUGAUACCAGUGCCAAGAAGCGGAAGCCAGCCUGGACAGACCGUAUCCUGUGGAAGGUCAAGGCUCCAGGUGGAGGUUGCAGCCCCUCAGGACAGCAGAGCCACCGGCUCCAGGUGACCCAGCACAGCUACCGAAGCCACAUGGAAUACACAGUCAGUGACCACAAGCCUGUGGCUGCCCAGUUCGUCCUGCAUUUUGCCUUCAGGGACGACAUGCCACUGGUGCGGCUGGAGGUGGCAGACGAGUGGGUGCGGCCAGAGCAGGCUGUGGUGAGGUACCGCAUGGAAACUGUGUUCGCCCGUAGCUCCUGGGACUGGAUUGGCUUGUACCGGGUGGGUUUCCGCCACUGCAAGGACUAUGUGGCUUAUGUCUGGGCCAAACAUGAAGAUGUGGACAGGAACAUCUACCAGGUGACAUUCAGUGAGGAGUCGCUGCCCAAGGGCCAUGGAGACUUCAUCCUGGGCUAUUACAGCCACAUUCACAGUAUCCUUAUUGGAGUCACUGAGCCUUUCCAGAUCUCGCUGCCUACCUCAGAAUUGGCCAGUAGCAGCACAAACAGCUCAGGUGCCAGCUCAGAGGAUGAGGAUGACAGCACCCUGGAGCUGCUCGCACCCAAGUCCCGAAGCCCCAGCCCUGGCAAGUCGAAGCGGCACCGUAGCCGCAGCCCAGGCUUGGCCCGCUUCCCAGGCCUGGCUCUUCGGCCCUCCUCCCGUGAACGCCGAGGCACUAGCCGCAGCCCCUCACCCCAAAGCCGUUGCCUGCUCCGUGUGGCCCCCAACCGGGGCAAUGAUGGAGGCACCCAGGGCAGUAGUGAGGAGGGGCCUUCUGGGCUGCCUGGUCCCUGGGCCCUCCCACCAUCUGUGCCUCGAAGCCUGGGUUUGCUGCCUGCCUUGCGCCUGGAGACUGUAGACCCUGGAGGUGGUGGCUCCUGGGGACCUGACCAGGAGGUCCUGACCCCCGACAGCCCAUCUCCCAGCCCUCAGGGACGGCAGAAGUUGGAGGAAGGGGGCCUGGGGCCCUGAAGGCAGGGUGGGAAGGUGGGUACAGGUGGCUCUCACUCUGCCCCAAUCUUCUGCAAACACACCUGCCUCCCUCCUGCUACUGCUCCAGCUUUGUCCACACCUCCCACUCUGUCCUGGCCCAGGUGGCCAACUGGGGUCCCCCAAACUCAGUCCUGCCACCUCAACUGUGACAAUCAGCAAAGCCCUAUCUAGGCCCCCAUCUGGGAUGGGGGAAGGGGCAAUCCUAGAGGUCAUUGAUUAGGAAUUAAAUUCUCUAGCCUCA